UGAUGAUGGUACUGUUACCACAGUAAGGUUUUCACUUGAUGACCACACUGGCUGACUUCAGAUGGAACAGUACUAACAAAGGAACAAGUUCUGCUUUUCAUGCAGACUUAGAAGCAGACAGCCAGAGAAAGCAACCAUGACAAAUGAGCACAUAUACGAGGGACUGCAGCCUGUUAAUGAGGAAUCCUACAGCAAACUGAAUCCACCCCAACACACCAACAUCUAUACACCUCUAAAAAUGCCAGCAGCGGAACACAAAAACGGUAUUUUCAGUUUUGAUUCUGAUACAGCAAAGAUAUCCUGGCGAACCAGAUUAAUUGUCGGAGCUUUUCUCCUUCUCUGUGUCAUCCUACUGAUGGGAAUUGUAGCUAUCGCAGUGAUGUAUAACAAUGCAUCAAAGCAAAAUUCUCAUCAGUUAGAGGAAGUACAAUUACUCUCUGCUGAAUAUGCAAAAUUAACUGCCCAGCACAGGGAGGUGUCAGAAAAUUUCAGCUUUGUUUCUGAGCUGAAUGAGGCAUCAAAGCUCAACGAUAUUCCUUUCAACUGCAGUGAAAUUUCGAGACCUGCUAAUGAAAAAGAUCUAGAAAUAUUUCAGCUGAGAAAUGAGAAGCAAGCUCUUUCUAAGGCACUUUCAGAGCUGAAGGAUACAUUUUGCAUGCAACGUGGUGCAAUUACCAGGUGUCAUGUCUGUCCAUCAGGAUGGACAGCAUUCUAUCCAAGUGAAAAAAAUUCACUAAGUACCAGCUGCUAUUACUUCUCUACUGCAAACAAACAUACCUGGGAACAGGGCAGAGAGGACUGCAAAAAUAACAGUGCUGAUUACGUGGUAAUAAACAAUGAUUUGGAGAAGGAGUUUCUUAGCUUGUUUGCAAAUAAAAAUGAAAAGUAUUGGAUUGGAUUGUCAGAUAUUGCAACAGAAGGUGACUGGGUCUGGGUGAAUGGCAAAAAACUUACAAAAGGAAAAGUGAAAUGGGAUGUUGGGCAACCUGACAAUAACCAUCGUCAGGAUUCUGAUGGAGAGGAUUGUGCUGCAAUAAUCAUUUCUGCAAUUUCUGGACUUAUCACACAUGACUUUUCAUGUCAGUUUACUUGUGCAUAUAUCUGUGAAAAGAUGGGGACAGUAAUCACUGUGUGAACAUUUUAGUUAAGGCUACUCAUUAUUAUCCAUGUUGAAUGAUAUAGUUUCAGGCAGUUGCAUGGAUCAAACUCUCAUACUGCCGACGUUCUAAUGCAGGCACGAGUAUCUUCAGUUAGCUAAAAAUUCUCAGUCAGAAAGGAAACAAGACUUAAUCUCACAGGAAGAUACUCUUUUUAUAAACAAUUUCUAAUGCACAGGCAUGCCUAAAACAUUGUGAUUAAUGCUAAUGUACUUGUUUUUAGAUGUAUAAUAAGCCAACGUUUAAAAAAUAAACUGUUUCAUAAUUAUGCAGAGCCUCUCUAAGAGCACAUUGCUAUCCUCUGCAGAUUUUCUUCCAUUUUCCUAUUUUCUGGAAUUACUUUGCUAUAGAUUAUUCUUAAUGCAGAAUAAUAUAAAAAAUGAAUGCAACAUAAACUAAAAAUAUGAAAUUCGGUAUGUUACUGUUUUAGGUAGCCAAGCAAACUGUAUAUACAAAUUAAAGACAGUUGUGUAAAUACAAAAUAAACCUGUUUAAAUAUUAAGAA